AUGACCCCGCCCGUAUGUGUCCGCAUGUUCGACCGUCAACGGGGCGGAUUAUCUUCAGUGUGCGGCGUGUGGAGCGCAUCGGUUCCGUCCGGAGCGGUCGAGGAUGUGCAGCAAGCCUUCCGGAUCACGCCGAACGACAUCGAGGCGGCCCAGGGCGACGAGGUGGUGCUGCGUUGCGAGAUCGAACGCCUCGCCGGGCGGGUCCAGUGGACGAAGGACGGCUUUGCGCUCGGCUUCGGUAAUGAAAUCGUCGGAUUUCCGAGGUUUUCCCUCAACCAGAACCACAGCGACGGUGUGUACAAUCUGCGGAUCACCAACGCGUCCUACGACGAUGCGGCCCUCUACCAGUGUCAGGUCGGGCCGGCCAAACACAACCAUCCAAUUAGGGCGCAGGCCAAGCUGACCGUCGUCGCCACCGCGAAGGACUUCCGAGGCAAGUAUCGUCGAACAUAAACAACUUACGACUGGAAGGACACACCGGAAUGGUUAUCGAUAUGCGAUACGCGGCGCACAUCCAAUUAACACUGGGUCGUAUUUAUGUUGCGCUCCCUCCGCAAACACCAUCAACUCCCAGCGGCAACAUUGAUCGAUGGUCUGUUUGGUGAUAAUAUUAUUUUUCAUCGCAACACUCCAAGCGCUGGAAAUGAAGUGUUUGUUCAGCGACGAUUAAUAACGCUGGGCGAUGAAACAAAAUAGUAUGUGGCGAGUGGGGUUUCCGCGCCGAGAAGACGAGU